UAAGGCCGGAAGUGGAUCUGGGGUGACGUGGAAGCGUCUCGGGCUGAGGAGGAGACGGAGAGAAAGGGAAGAUGCUCACCAAGUUCGAGACCAAGUCCGCCCGCGUCAAAGGGCUGAGCUUCCACCCGAAGAGGCCCUGGAUCCUCACCAGCCUCCAUAAUGGCAUCAUCCAGCUCUGGGACUACCGCAUGUGUACGCUCAUCGACAAGUUUGAUGAACACGACGGCCCCGUCCGAGGCAUUGAUUUCCACAAGCAGCAGCCUCUCUUUGUGUCUGGAGGCGACGAUUACAAAAUCAAGGUCUGGAACUACAAGCUGCGCCGCUGCCUCUUCACCCUCCUGGGUCACCUGGACUACAUCCGCACCACCUUCUUCCAUCAUGAGUACCCCUGGAUCCUGAGCGCCUCCGAUGACCAGACCAUCCGGGUUUGGAACUGGCAGUCCCGCACCUGCGUCUGCGUGCUGACCGGACACAACCAUUACGUGAUGUGCGCCCAGUUCCACCCCUCGGAGGACCUGGUAGUCUCAGCCAGCCUGGACCAGACGGUGCGCGUGUGGGAUAUCUCCGGCCUGAGGAAGAAGAACCUCUCUCCCGGGGCCGUGGAGUCCGACGUCCGAGGCAUCACCGGCGUCGACCUCUUCGGCACCACCGACGCCGUGGUCAAGCACGUCCUGGAGGGCCACGACCGCGGGGUGAACUGGGCGGCCUUCCACCCGACCAUGCCGCUCAUUGUCUCGGGUGCCGACGACCGGCAGGUCAAGAUCUGGAGGAUGAACGAGUCCAAGGCCUGGGAGGUGGACACCUGCCGCGGCCACUACAACAACGUCUCCUGCGCCGUCUUCCACCCGCGCCAGGAGCUGAUCCUCAGCAACUCCGAGGACAAGAGCAUCCGCGUCUGGGACAUGUCCAAGCGCACCGGCGUCCAGACUUUCCGCAGGGACCACGACCGCUUUUGGGUCCUGGCGGCCCACCCCAACCUCAACCUCUUUGCCGCAGGCCACGAUGGGGGCAUGAUCGUCUUCAAGCUGGAGCGUGAGCGGCCGGCCUAUGCCGUCCACAGCAACAUGCUCUACUACGUCAAGGACCGCUUCCUGCGCCAGCUGGACUUCAACAGCUCUAAGGACGUGGCUGUCAUGCAGCUCAGGAGCGGCUCCAAGUUCCCCGUGUUCAACAUGUCCUACAAUCCGGCCGAGAACGCAGUCCUGCUUUGCACGCGAGCCAGCAACUUGGAGAACAGCACCUACGACCUGUACACCAUCCCCAAGGACGCCGAUUCCCAGAAUCCUGAUGCUCCAGAAGGGAAGCGCUCCUCGGGGCUGACGGCCGUCUGGGUGGCGCGCAACCGCUUUGCUGUCCUGGACCGCAUGCAUUCGAUCCUGAUCAAGAACCUGAAGAACGAGAUCACCAAGAAGGUGCAGGUGCCCAACUGCGACGAGAUCUUCUACGCCGGGACCGGGAACCUCCUCCUGCGCGACGCCGACUCCAUCACCCUCUUUGACGUCCAGCAGAAGCGGACGCUGGCCUCGGUCAAGAUCUCCAAGGUGAAGUACGUCAUCUGGUCGGCGGACAUGUCCCACGUGGCCCUCCUGGCCAAGCACGCCAUCAUGAUCUGCAACCGGAAGCUGGAGUCGCUCUGCAACAUCCACGAAAACAUCCGGGUCAAGAGCGGCGCCUGGGACGAGAGCGGCGUCUUCAUCUACACCACCAGCAACCACAUCAAGUACGCCGUCACCACCGGGGACCACGGGAUCAUCCGCACGCUGGACCUGCCCAUCUACGUGACGCGGGUGAAGGGCAACAACGUCUACUGCCUGGACCGGGAGUGCCGCCCCCGCGUCCUCACCAUCGACCCCACCGAGUUCAAGUUCAAGCUCGCCCUCAUCAACCGCAAGUACGAUGAGGUGCUGCACAUGGUGCGCAACGCCAAGCUGGUGGGGCAGUCCAUCAUUGCCUACCUGCAGAAGAAGGGCUACCCAGAGGUGGCGCUCCACUUCGUGAAGGACGAGAAGACGCGCUUCAGCCUGGCCCUCGAGUGCGGGAACAUCGAGAUUGCGCUGGAGGCGGCGAAGGCGCUGGACGACAAGGGCUGCUGGGAGAAGCUGGGGGAGGUGGCGCUGCUGCAGGGCAACCACCAGAUCGUGGAGAUGUGCUACCAGCGCACCAAGAACUUUGACCGGCUCUCCUUCCUCUACCUCAUCACCGGGAACCUGGAGAAGCUGCGCAAGAUGAUGAAGAUCGCCGAAAUCCGGAAGGACAUGAGCGGCCAUUACCAGAACGCCUUGUACCUGGGGGACGUGGCCGAGCGCGUGCGCAUCCUCAAGAACUGCGGGCAGAAGUCCUUGGCCUUCCUCACGGCUGCCACUCACGGCCUGGAAGAGGAAGCCCAGACCCUCAAGGAGACCUUUGACCCGGAAAAGGAAGCGAUCCCGGAGAUCGACCCCGAGGCUCGCCUGCUCCAGCCGCCGGCCCCCAUCAUGCCGCUGGACACCAACUGGCCCCUGCUGACCGUCUCCAAGGGCUUCUUCGAGGGCACCAUCGCCAGCAAAGGCAAAGGAGGAGCCUUGGCCGCAGACAUUGACAUCGACACUGUGGGCACCGAAGGCUGGGGAGAAGACGCCGAGCUGCAGCUGGACGAAGAUGGCUUUGUGGACGCCGGAGAAGGUUUUGGCGAAGAGGCCUCGGCGGGGAAAGGCCCCGAGGAAGGGGGCGGCUGGGAGGUGGAGGAGGACCUGGACCUGCCCCCCGAACUGGACGCGGGCACCGGUCCCGCCGGGGAGGCCGAGGACGGCUUCUUUGUGCCCCCCACCAAAGGCACCAGCCUUGCCCAGGUCUGGUGCAACAACUCCCAGCUGCCCGUGGACCACAUCCUGGCUGGCUCCUUCGAGACCGCCAUGCGGCUGCUGCAUGACCAGGUGGGGGUGGUGUGCUUCGCCCCCUACAAGGCGCUCUUCCUGCAGACCUUCUCCCGCGGGCGCUCCACCUUCCAGGCCCUGCCCAGCCUCCCCGCCCUCUAUGGCUUCCCCAACCGCAACUGGAAGGACCCCGGGCUGAAGGGCUGCGUGCCGGCGGUGGGGCUGAAGCUGUCCGACCUGAUCCAGCGCCUGCAGCUCUGCUACCAGCUGACCACCGCCGGGAAGUUCGAGGAGGCCGUGGAGAAGUUCCGCUCCAUCCUGCUCAGCAUCCCCCUCCUGGUGGUCGACAACAAGCAGGAAGUGGCCGAGGCACAGCAGCUGAUUGCCAUUUGCCGGGAGUACAUUGUGGGCCUCUCCAUGGAGAUUGAGCGGAAGAAGCUGCCCAAAGACACCCUGGAAGAGCAGAAGCGCAUCUGCGAGAUGGCGGCCUACUUCACGCACUCCAACCUGCAGCCGGUCCACAUGAUCCUGGUCCUGCGCACGGCCCUCAACCUCUUUUUCAAGCUCAAGAACUUCAAGACGGCCGCCACCUUUGCCCGGCGCCUCCUGGAGCUGGGGCCCAAGCCAGAGGUGGCUCAGCAGACACGGAAGAUCCUGACGGCCUGCGAGAAGAACCCCUCGGACGCGCACCCGCUCAACUACGACAUGCACAACCCCUUCGACAUCUGUGCCGCCUCCUACCGGCCCAUCUACCGGGGGAAGCCCGUGGAGAAGUGUCCCCUCAGCGGGGCCUGCUACAGCCCUGAGUUCCGUGGCCAGAUCUGCAGAGUUACCACCGUGACGGAGAUCGGGAAGGACGUCGUGGGCUUGAGGAUCAGCCCGCUGCAGUUCCGUUGAGCCCGGAUUGCCUUCCAUUGGGCGCCUCCUGUUUCUUCUUUUCCCUCCACCCUGAUACUCAUUGUAUUCCCCUACUUUUGUAACUCAUUGUAUUCCCGCCCCUUCUGAACCUUGCUCAGCGAGACCUCCACUCCCCCCCGUUUGCCCGCUUCCGUUCCUCUGCCUUCCCACCUCCCUUUCUCGGCUGUCCUUUUGUGGGAACGAAAGAGGGUUUGGGGAGGCUUGGGAGUGUUUCACAGAGGCUGAAAUUGGGGUCGUGUUUCUCGAUAUUCGAUAUAAGAAAGGGAUUAACAGCUUCAUAUUGGCACAUUCCUCAAGGGUUAAUAAAGUGAAACUGCUCAGAAGGAAA